AUGCCGACGGCCACCACCUUCCUGGAUAAUCCGCUGCUGAAGGUCAGUCGCCCCGUCGCCGCCUGCUCGCGAUGCCGCACCGCCAAAAUCAAGUGCGAUGGCAAGCUCCCCGCCUGUUCGGCCUGCGAUAAGGUCGGCAAGGCCAGCACCUGCUCGGGGGCCAGCGACGAGUUCGCCAAGGGCAAGGAGCGCAGCUACGUCGCAUCGCUCGAGGGCUACUGCGAGAAGCUCGAGAAGAAGAUUGCCCAGCUGCGCAACCGUCAGAACUCCCUCUCUGCCGAGGGCAAUGGCGUCGCGCGCGAGAUGUCGAUCACCUCAACUUCCUCGGAUGGCCCGUUGGGCCCCGCUCACCGCCGUGAGGUCUCCGAUAUCGAUGACCUCGUCGGGGACUUUGGCUUCCUGUCCGUCAAUGCCACAUCGCGGGAUUUCCAUGGCAUCACGUCCAAAACCACCUUCGCCAACUUGCUGCUAUCUGUCGCGACAUAUUACUUUGACAAUGUGUUUGUGCAACUGCCCUUCUUUGUGGAAACCAGUUUCUGGACGUCGGUGGACGCCGUGUACCAGUCCGAUGGGCGGUUUGCGAAGCCCUUUGAUCACUGGAUGCUACGCAUGGUCCUCGCCAUUUCCUCGGCGGCGGUUUCCUACCAGAACAACGACAAGAGCCAUCAGAAGGCACUGGCCCUGGUGUCGGAUGCCUUGACCUACGCCGAAGAUGUGCUUCGACCAGGGUCAAUCACUUGCAUUCAAGCUAUUAUUCUCCUUGCGCAGUAUGCGUUGGUGGAUCCGGGACGCUUUCGUAGUUGGCAUUUGGUCGGGAUGGCCGUUCGUGUUGGUAUAGACUUGGGUCUUCACCAAGACCCUCCGGCGGAAGUUUUAUCAAAUACGGAUCGACUUGACAUUCGCCGACGGGUAUUUCACUGCCUCUAUUGCCUGGACCGAGGAAUGAGCACUGCCUUCGAACGGACAUUCUCGUUUUCUGAUGCCUCCGUUGAUGUGGUCAUGCCCUCGGCCAGCGUUGGGGGCGGUUCGUCAGAACACAGCCAUAUAUUCCUCCGAAACCCAUCCCCGGCACUCCAUAUUGUCAGGAUACGACAGAUACUGUCUUCUGGAUAUCAUGACAUGUAUUACAGCUCACGUGAACAGUCCUCACGAGCACUCGUUCAAACAUGGACUCUCUGCUACCAGACUCGGCAAUGGUUCCACGAGUGCCCCAAAAACGCCCCUAACCACUUCUCUCUCCUCUACCGCCUUGAGCUAUUAUACACCAUCAUCAUUCUCAUCUCGCCGUCUCAUCGAUACCCUGUACCUUGUGACUACAGCAAGGCGGUCUUGUUCGACCGGUGUAUGGACUUUAUCAGCCAGAUUCACCAAGUGCUGGAGAAUCCGAGCGUCCUCCCUUUCCUCACAUUCCUGGAUAUCCAACGUGUCCACCAAGUUGGCCGACGCUUCGUUCAAGUUCUGUCUGAGAACUUCGACCUGCUCCUGAGUCCUACUGUCCCCACUCUCCCUGACGUCCCGACAGGAACCCCGGAUCCGCCCAUGCUAGGCGAAGAGGAUCGGAUCAACUGCCGACCGCGGGCAAUCCGCUGUCUAUCAUAUGUUCGGGAACUGCUGCAGUAUUGUGCACGGAAAUGGGACCUGCAAUCCCCGCUGGCAGAAUGGGAGCAGGAGUCCGCUUCCCUGGAGGAUAUGCUAAUGAGUAACCCUAUGGGAUAUGCCACAGGCCAGGGCGCCUUUUCGCAAGCGCCAUCAUCCAUGCUGCCGCUGGCCGGCAGCGGAUAUUCAGGAUACCACUUGGGAUGA